CACUCUUUGACAUCUUCUGAAGCUUGAAUUGUUGCAAAAACUCGAAGAUCUACAGACGAAAACUAACAAGUUGGCAGAAGAGGCGAGGCAGUGAAGGAAGAUGGGACUUCGUUCAGGUGAAUGUAGAGAAGACAAAGGUGAUGAAGAUACUCAACCACCACCAACAACAACGAGGACCAAUCACCACCAACGGGAUAAAUCUAAAGGAAGUUGUUUCUUUCAACUACCUACCUACCUAGGCAGCAUCGUUUCAAUAACAGGAGGCGACACAGAUAAAGAUGUGAAAGCCAGGAUCGGAAAGACAGCAAGACAGGUCUUUAUAAAUCUGCAAUCAGUGUGGAGAUCUACCCUAAUCAGCAUAAAGCGUGAAAAACAUCUGCAUUCCCAACACCAAUUCACUCAAGUCAGUCAGUGCUUGUAUGUGAUGGUUGAGAGACUUGGCGACGCGUCAUGGAAAGCAUUUCCAACAAACUACAGACAUACAUGAACAGCUGCCGCCUUCCCUCGAUACUGACACUGAAGAUCGAUCAGAUGGCCAGAAGGUAUAAGCAACGAUGAACUUAAUCUGGCUGGUGAGGAACUAACCAAGAAGCUAUCGCCCAAGAAAUGUGCAGAAGAAAGUGGAGAUGGAUUGGAUUGGACUAGGCACUCACUGAGAGGACGUUCUGGGGACAUCACGCUCCAGGUCAGCCUAGGCCAUGCCAUCGAGUGGAACCCAAAUGGUAAACGAGUUGGGCGUCCGAGACGAGGGUGACAUGGAGGAGAUUGGGAUGAGGAAGAAAUGAAAGCUUCUUGGCAGUCGUGGAGCCAGGUUGAGAAGACUGCAGAGACGAGAAUGGAAUGGCGACGUGCUACUGAAGCGGUAUGUUCGACCAGGAACCCAAGGGACAA